AUGGCAGCCAACUACUGGGAAUCGACGCAGCGCAAGUUCUGGACCUUCACCAGGCAAGAUCUCGCACAGGAACGCAAGAAACUCGAGGAGUCUGAACGCAGCCUCGUCAACGCUUUUCCCAUGCCAGACCGGAGACACCUGAGCAUAUACUUUUCUAAUCAACUUACAAAGAUGGCUAGACCUCUUGCUAUCCGCCAGCAAGCAAUGGCCACCGCUCAGGUCUACGUUCGAAGAUUCUACACGAAAGUGGAGAUCCGGAGAACGAACCCAUUGCUUGUGCUUGCGACUGCCCUCUAUUUGGCUUGCAAGAUGGAGGAAUGUCCUCAGCACAUCCGAAUCAUUCUGGCAGAAGCUCGCCAUUGCUGGGAUGCAUCUUUCAACGACAUAUCCAAGAUCGGGGAGUGUGAAUUCACCCUCAUUUCUGAACUGAAUUCCCAGCUUAUCGUCCACCAUCCCUAUCGGAGCCUGGCCGAGUUGCAAACGCAGUUCCAGCUCACCCAGGAGGAAAACAGCCUGGCGUGGUCCAUCAUCAAUGAUCACUAUCUGACAGAUCUCCCCCUCCUCCACGCCCCUCACGUUAUCGCCAUCACAGCACUGAUACUGGCCGUUGUGCUCAAGCCGACGCAGAGCGGGUACCAGUUGCAUGCUGCAGGCGUAGCCAACGCGCUGCAGACUCUAAGCAACGUCGGCAACGCUCGAAAUGCUGAGGGACCGGGUUUUCCGCCCCGGUUACAAAAGCUGAUUGACUGGCUGGCCGAGAGUAGCGUCGACAUUGAGGCAGUCAUAGAGUGCACCCAGGAGCUCAUCUCGCUUUACCACGUAUGGGACGAUUACCAGGAAAAGGCAGUCAAGGAUGCAAUAGCAAAGUUUGUCAAGGCAAGAGACUGA